UUACAUUGUGUUGUUUUAUGUUUUUGUUGAUGCGCACGUAGCGUAUACAUCGGCAUUGAGUCGGCAUUUUAUUGAUUACAUAUGGGAAAUUGGCGCUUGGCACGCAACGCCGGCCCCCAACCCAAGGACAAAACCGACCCCCAUAUGGACAGGCGACAUUAACUUGCUUUUUUUCUGUCCCGGCCAUUCACUCAGCGCCGUGCCUGUGUAGAAGCCGCAGCUUUCGUGUGUGUGACUAACCAAACUAUAACAUUAGCAUAAUCAAUUCAUAAAUUAUAUUCAAAUACCAGCAGUAAUUAUUAUUAGUACUAGCAAUAUGUCGACUGCAGUUGAUGGCGGGGAAGCCGCCGCCGCCGCCGCCGCCCGAUGCGAAACCGAUCGCAUUUCCGCCCUUGAGCUGCAAUCGAAUAAAAAGAUGCUAUACUUCAGCGAUGGCGUCAUGGAGGAGCUCUCGUCCAGCGAUAGCGAUAUUGAGCCAGACGUGCCCGAUAAGGCGUACGAUGUCCAAUUGCAGCGCGAAUUGCCCCUGGGACCGCGCCUACGUUACAAGGCCACCAAGGUGGGCAACAAUAUAUUGGCCGGCAUCGAUUACGUUGGCGGCGGCCUGGCCUCAUUCCUGGGCAUAACAAACUCGAAAUAUGCCAGCGAACUAAAAUACCAUCAGCGUGCCAAAGAGCAAGCCGAUGCCGAGGCCGCUGCCGACGAGGACCUUGACAAUUGGCAAACGCAGGCGAACAACAACAAUUCCAGCGAUACCAUUGUGGUCUGCGCGCCCGCUCGUCGUGACGAGGAGGCGUUGCCACCCAGUCGAAUAUAAUAAUUAAUUGGGCAAUGAACUCAACUGUAAGAAUACAAUAGAAAAUGCCAUAAAUGCUCAUCAGGUAAAAUUGUAAACAUUUUAUAGACUACGUACAUAAAAAUAUGUAUUAAAAAUCAAAUCAUUUUCGACACUUUAUUCGCUAUAAAUAAGUUACAAAAUACAAAUUACAUAUCUAUAAACAAUUUGUAAGACAUUGUUUUAUUAGACAAAAAAAAAAAGGGGGACAGCACAAUCAAAUUUGGCCAAAUAUAUCUUAGAAAAAUAUACAUAUAUUAGAUAUUAAGUGUAUAGUCAUUUUGUAUAUAGAGCUCUCUUAACAAAUAUAUUUGCAUAGGCCACACAUACAUAUAUAUAAUUAUAAAUAUGUUAAGUACUUGGAAGUUUCAGUUUUUUUUUUCUUCUUAGUAUUUUCUUAAGCUAAUGGCACAUUGAAUACAAUUACAAUUUAUAGUUCGAAUUCCGUUCUAAGUUAAGUACACUUUCGGUUCGCAAAAUGCGUUAUUCAAUCGAAUUGCAUGGGGUUUUUGUUGAAUUGUUCAAAUCUUUCAAAUAAAAAAAAUGAAUCACAGUAUCACAGUAUUUCUUGCUGCGUAAA